GAUGACAAUUAGCUCUCUCUGUUCUGUUCUGUUCUUCCCAAUUUCUGCAAAAACCCUCGUUAAUUCUUGCACCCUUUCCUUCCUCCUCGAUAUUAUCUGAUCCGAAUCAGUCUCAUGAACGAUUCUCUCCAUACAACACUCGUUAAUUCCUUCUCCAACUUGCUGCUCUUAGUGUUACUUUCCAUCAUUUUACUUCUUAACUAGUACAUUACGAUUUGGGUUUUCUCUAUUUGGAAUCAUCGGAAAUGGAGGACCCAAUUGAAAGGCUCACUGCUUCAUCGGUUGCUUAUUGUUUCACAUUUUGGUACUAUCAGCUCCUGCAUACUGAUCCGGCUAAAUCUUACCGAUUUUAUAACGAUAUCAGCCAACUUAGUCGUACGGAUGAAAAUGGGAACAUGAGUGUUACUACAACUUUGAAGGGUAUUAAGGAGAAGAUAUUGUCCGUGAACUAUACAAACUUUGAAUCAUGGAUUCGAUGGGUUGAUGGACAAGAAUCUAUUGACAAUGGGUUUCAGAUCUUUGUAACUGGUUUUUUGAGGGGAAUGAACCAUAAUAGGUAUUUUAUACAAGUAUUUUUCCUUGCACCACAAGAGAGAGGCUAUUUUAUCUUGAAUGACAUAUUUCGCUUCCUGGAUCAAGAUUCUUCUCCUGUACCAGCAAAUAAGCAAACAGUUGCUCCGAUAGAGAUCAACGUGGACAAAAUUGUGGACAAUGUUGAAACGGUGGUUAAUGAAGAGGAGAUUCAACUUGUUGAUGAAGUACCUAAUGUAAAAACAGUGGUUGAUGCAAAGGAGAUUACACUUCUUGAAUUUGUUGAUGAAGUACCUAAUGUAGAAAUAGUGGCUGACAAAGAGGAUGUUCUACCUGUUAAUGUUGUUCAUCAAGUACCAAAUGUAGAAACAGUGGUUGAUGCAAAGGAGAUCCCACUUGCUGAAGUUGUUCAUGAAGUACAUGAUGAUUCUUACUUGGUUGGUGCAAAGGAGAUUCCACUUACUAAAGUUGUUGAUGAAGUAUAUAACAUAAAAAUAAUGGUUGAUGCAAAGGAGGUUCCACUUGUUGAAGUUGUCGAUGAAGUACCUAAUGUGGAAACAGUGGUUGAUGCAAAGGAGAUUUCACUUAAUAAAGUUGUUGAUGAAGUAUACAGCAUAAAAACAAUGGUUGAUGCAGAGGAGGUUCCACUUGUUGAAGUUGUUAAUGAAGUACCUAAUGUGGAAACAGUGGUUAAUGCGAAAGUGGUUCCACUUGUUGAAGUUGUUGAUCAAGUACCUAACGAAGAAACAAUGGUUGAUGCAGAGGAGGUUCCACUUCUUGAAGUUGUUGACAAUGUACGUGAUAUUUAUUGUGAUGUUGAUGCAAAGGAGGUUGCACUUGGUAAUGUUGUUGAUGAAGUAUCUGACGAUUCUUGCCUAGAUGAUGCAAAAGAGGGUUUACUUGCUAAAGUUGUCGAUAAAGUACCUCAUUAUUCUUGCGUGGUUGAUGCAAAGGAGUUUCCACCAGCUAAAGUUGUUGAUCAAGUACAUGAUGAUUGUCGUGUGGUUGAACCAAAAGAGGUUCCAUUUUCUAAAAUUGGUCAUGAAGUACCCUAUCAUUCUUGCGUGAUUGAACCUGAAUCCAAAAUAGAAGAAAUGCCAAAGAAAUCUCAUGCAUCCAUUGAAAAUGAAGCAACAUUGUCAUCUCAUGCUCCCGCUCCAGAUGGAAUUGAGCCUAAGAUCGAAGAACAUCAAGUGAGCCAUCUGCAGCCUUCCAUAUCAGAAGCUGAAGCAGCUGGUGAUUACUCAAUCUAUAUAAAGUACCUCCCAGUGAGUGUAACCACUUCAAUUCUUGAGGAUGAGUUUAAGAGAUUUGGAGCUAUUAAGGAGGGUGGUGUGCAAUUCCAAAAGAACAAACAAGGAUUCUUUUUUGGGUUUGUUCGAUUCGAGGAGGCAAAUUCAGUUCAAAAAGCAGUUGAGGCAUCUCCGGUUUGGAUUGCUGGACGUCAAAUUGUUGUUGAGGAAAAGUCAUCUUCCAAUUCAAGAGGUGGAAGUGGGUCGCAUAGAUUCAGGCAUGAUGUAAGAGGAGGGCAUUCUGGUUCUCCCAUAGGAGGAAGAAGAAGAGGAAGGUUUGAUGGAUUACUAAGGUAAAUAAAACUAUUUUGGUGAGUUUUAUUUGAAAUUUGAGAGAUGGAAAUAUCACUAAAUAGAGAGAGUUAAAUGAAGCUAGUUAGCAUUUAGUAAACAGUAGUAAUAUAGGAUUUUAACAAUGAACAAACAAACAAUA